UAACAACAACAACAAAAUGACUGAAAAGAAAUAUUUCAACAAUACUAGCAAAAGUACCUAUACUAAUGGUACAACACGUGGAUCAAAUGAUCGAUACAACAAUUACAACAGUGAACAUCGAUCUCGUGAUGUUGGUGGUAAUAGUGGUGGUAUUGGUUUCAAUAACCAUCAAAAUAAUUACAGUAAUGGCUUUAAUCGUUCACGUGAUUCAUUUGCAAAUCGAUCUAAUGGUGCAAAUGGUUUUGGUGGCGGUGGUGGUGGUUAUCGAAGUUUUGGUGCUAAAGUUCCAAUUCAGGCACCACCAGCAGAUUUACCGGUACAUAAAAAUUUUUAUCGUGAAAGUCCAGCAACCGGUCAAAGAUCUCAAUUUGAAAUCAAUCAAUGGCUAAGUACAAAUAGUGUUACAUUUCGUGGACCAAGAGUUUCGAAUCCAAUUUUACAAUUUACCGAUCUGAUUGGAUUACCUGAUGGUAUAAUGCAUGUAAUUAUGAAACAAGGAUUUACGAUACCAACCGUAAUUCAAUCACAAGCAUGGCCAUUAGCUUUAAAUGGACGUGAUGUUGUUGGUAUUGCCCAAACUGGUUCGGGUAAAACAUUAGCAUAUGCAUUACCGGCUUUAGUACAUGUUGAUGGUAAUGUACAUCGUCGUAAAUAUGGACCAAGUGUAUUGGUUUUGGCACCUACUCGUGAAUUAGCACAACAAAUCAAAGAAGUUUUUAAUUUGUUUCGCACACGUGCUGUUUGUGUUUUUGGUGGUGCAUCAAAAGGUGGUCAACGUCGUGAAAUUGAACGUACACAACCAUCGAUUAUUAUUGCUUGCCCUGGACGUUUGAUUGAUUUUGUUGAAGAAGGAGCAAUUAAACUACAUAAUAUUAGUUAUUUAGUUUUGGAUGAAGCUGAUCGUAUGCUUGAUAUGGGUUUCGAACCACAGAUUCGUAAAAUUGUUGAUCAAAUUCCAAAAAAUCGACAAACAUUAAUGUGGUCGGCUACAUGGCCAAAAGAAGUACGAAAACUUGCCGAAGAUUUUCUUGUUGAUUAUGUACAGGUCAAUAUUGGUUCAAUUUCAUUGGCAGCCAAUCAUAAUAUCACACAACUGAUUGAUGUCUGUGAAGAAAGUGAAAAAAUGGACAAGCUAUAUAAAUUAUUAACACAAGUUAAUGCAAAUAGUCGUGAAAAUAAGACAAUCAUAUUUGCCGAAACUAAACGUAAAGUUGAUCAAUUAAAUCAACAAAUGAAAUCGGUUGGUUGGUAUUGUAGUGCAAUACAUGGUGACAAACCACAAACCGAAAGAGAUUGGGCAUUAAACGAAUUCAAAAAUGGCCGUACAACCAUUCUGAUUGCAACCGAUGUAGCUGCUCGUGGUCUUGAUGUUGAUGACAUAAAAUAUGUUGUCAAUUUUGAUUAUCCAACAUGCAGUGAAGAUUAUGUACAUCGUAUUGGCCGAACUGGUCGUCGUGAUCGUAAAGGAACAGCAUAUACAUUUUUUACAUUAAACAAUGCUAAACAAGCAAGUGAUUUGAUUGAUGUAUUGAAAGAAGCAAAACAAGAAGUACCAGCAAAAUUAUAUGAAUUUGCUAGUCAAUCACAUCGAUUUGGUAAAAAUAUCCGGAAACGUUAUGGUGGUGGUGGUGGAUUUUAUGGAUCAUCAUCGUUUGGAAAUUCACGUUUCACUGCUGGUGGUGGUAGUCGUUUUAGUAGUAAUGGAUUCAGUAAUGGAUAUUCUAAUGGUGGUAAUGUUUCUAAUGGUUUUGGUGGUGGAAUGAAACGAAAAUAUGAUGAUAAUAAUCGUUUUGGUAGUAGUGGUGGUAAAAGACCAAAUUUUGGUAAUGGUACACAUUCAUCAUCGACAACAUCGAAUACAGAUCGAUUUAAUAGUUAUGCUUAAUUAAGAAAAAAAUUGGUAAGGAUAAGAUUAAGAUUGUCAACAACAACAAAAAACAAUCAUCAUCUAUUUUUGACCAAUUUGAUAUAUUAUCAUAACUAGUAUUAUAUAACCAAUUUUUAUUCAAAAAAAAACAACAAAAAAAAGUAACCAAUUUAAUUCAUUUGCAUCAAACAAA